AUGAAGCCGCGUGACCUCCAUUAUAAAACUUGAAACUGAAUAAAUUACGACUGUGCAGUGUUUUUAUGAUAACAACCUACAGAUAAUUUAUCAGGCAUUUUAAUUGUCUGCAGUAACUAAACAUAACUAUGUCGCCUAACAGCCAGUCCUUGUACAUUCAAAGACCCUCUGGCACUGGGAAAAGGCACUACCAAUUUCUCAUGACCUUUUUGUGUCUGGUGUUAUCUUCCUGUGAUACCAAUUCGGUAGUAAUUUUUGCACCGAACGAUGAAGAAGGCUACAACUCAGACGACUCGUUCCUCUCAUGGCGGAUGUCUCAAAAAGAUACGCUCGCUAGCUCCUUUCUUUGGGGUUACCUCUUGCUCCAAGUGCCCGCCGGACUUUUCGUUCGUAAGAUCGGCCCAAAGCGGCUGAUCUUCGGAGCCAUGAUGGCUAGCUCCCUAUGCGCAAUCUUGUAUCCUCUAGUUGCUCUGAACCUCGGAUGGGUUGUCUUCUGUCUCAUCAGAUUCAUGCAUGGACUUGCUCAGGGACUCGUGAUACCAUGUGUAACUGAACACAUAGCGAAAUGGGCUCCAUUCCUGGAAAGAAACCGAAUAUUUUCGUUCGUUUUCGUAGGGACAGUGGUGGGUCCAAUAUUAUCACUGCUGAUAUCCGGGUACCAGGCCGCCAGUCCGUGGGGCUGGCCCAGUAUCUUCUACUGUACCGGACUGUGCGGUGUAUUGUGGUCUGUGGCCUGGCUGUUUGUAGGCGCCGACUCUCCCGACUCCCACCCUUCCAUCAGCGACAGCGAGCGGGAGUAUAUCAAGUCUAAUUUGAAAAAUACACAUGACUACAGUAAAAUACUACCAACUCCUUGGAAGGAAAUAAUAACAUCAAGGCCAAUGUGGGCUCUCCUCCUCAUGCAUAUUUGUCAAAACUGGGGUAGUUGGAUUUUGGGUACAAUGCUACCUAUUUAUUUUCACCACGUUUUCGCCUACAACAUGAACAAUCACGUCGUAGUAUCCACUCUGCCCUACAUCAUAAAGUGUUUGCUGACAAUAGCGUUCUCUUGCAUAGUUGACUUCACCCAUGAAAACAAUCUCAUGUCUAUCAAGGCUUCUAGAAGAGUGUGGAACUCCAUUGCUUACUGGGGAGGUGCGAUUGGACUGAUUGGACUCUCCGUCUUCACCAGCGUCCAGGGAUCAUUAGUUUUACUGAUCUUCACAGUGUCCAUAAACGCAGGAAUGUUUGCCGGGUUCCUCUCCAACCAUCUGGAUCUAGCGCCCAACUUUUCUGGGCUUCUCAUGGGCAUUACAAGCGGGUUUAGCACGUUCGCUUCCAUACUGGCUCCAACAAUUACUGGAUUUAUAAUAACGAGUGAGUCAAGAAAAGACCAGUGGGCUCACCUUUUCUUCAUAUCUGCAGUCACAUUUUUCUUUGGAAACUUUGUCUUCCUUAAAUACGGCUCAACAGAAGUACAAUCUUGGAACCAACCACUGAAAUAUGGAGUUGAUAAUGAGGGUUUGGAGUUUGAUGAUAUAUCGGUUCCUGCCAGGAGAACAAUAUAACUAACCAUUAUUGCAUGUUUGUAUACUUUAAACUUUUUAUUAAAUUACCUUUCAGGGCGCAGUA